ACUAAUAAUACUGUUUUAUACUAAUAAUACUGUUCUAUACUAAUAAUACUGUUUUAUACUAAUAAUACUGUUUUAUACUAAUAAUAUUGUUCUAUACUAAUAAUACUGUUCUAUACUAAUAAUACUGUUUUAUACUAAUAAUACUGUUCUAUAUUAAUAAUACUGUUCUAUACUAAUAAUACUGUAUAACAAAAAAAAAAAAGAAAAAAGAAUGAGGCUUAACUGCUUAAGGCAAUGACUUGGAGGCCCUAGUCCUUAUUUUUUUCCUUUCCGUUCCAUUUUGCUAAUUGUGUGAUCACUAUUCAUUCCUCAUUCCCUACCGUUUCUCUUCACGUGCACUCAAAAAAGGGAAGCUGUUGACUCUUUAAUCCCCUAAAUUUUACUACUACAUACAUAUAAACUCCCUUCCCACAUAAACCCAAACCCAAAUACACACCCUUUGCUUUUUCCUUCCUCCACUCUACUUCACUCACUCACCCCAAUCUUAUUUCUAAUUCUAAUUCUAAUUCUUCCUCAUGGAUUAUUCAACUGAAGAAGAUUUCUCUACUUUCACCACCAAACGACGUCGUACCAAACGUCACCGAUCACUCCUUUCUGCCUCCGCCUCCUCCACUUAUUGUGGCGGCAGCGAUGGUGCUGUCGUAACCGCCGCUUCUGAUCCUCCUAAUAAAGCUGCUGCUGCCUCCUCCACCAGUUACACGUCAUCCUCAUCGGCAUCCCCUUCCGAUCAUUUAAAUGACGUCAUGAGUGAAGUUACAACUGAAGAAAUAGACAUGGCUAAUUUUCUUAUUCUCUUAUCUCAAGGAUUACACAAAAACACCAACAACUCUAAUACUACUGUUUUAUACGAGUGUAAAACAUGUAAUAGAACUUUCUCCUCUUUUCAAGCACUUGGUGGGCAUCGUACAAGCCACAAGAAGAUCAAACCACCUCUUUCUCCCUCCAUUAUUCCGUCUACAGAUCAUCAUAACAGUGAUAAUAUUGAUGCUAAAAUCAAAAUUGUUGAUAGUAAGGUGAGGGACAGGGUCCAUGAGUGCUCCAUAUGUGGAUCCGAAUUCCCCUCGGGUCAAGCUUUGGGUGGGCAUAUGAGAAGGCAUAGAGCGGCGGCACCUCCGUCGUCCACCGAGAUAGCUCCUGAUGGGUCAACGGAGGUUAUGGAUACAGGUGGAGGUGGGCCCCGUAAUAUUCUAUCCUUGGAUCUUAAUCUUCCAGCUCCUGAUGAUCAGGAUGGUCAACAAGAUGAUCACAUGGAGAAUACGUUUGUUCAUGUUCUUCCUAGGCCGGCUCCUUUGGUGGAUUGCCAUAACUGACAACCAAAACAAAAAGGGAAAAGAAAAUUAUAUUGAUUAAAAUAUAUAUAUUUUUGCUAUUGACUUUUUGUUUUUUUUGUUUUCUUUUUACUGUGAAUUUUUAUUGGGCAUUUGAUAUAUUUACAAAUUUACAUACAUAUAUAUACUUCUAUAAUUGGUAAAGAAUUAUUUUGUGAUUGGGUGAAUUUGUGAAUAUAAUUUUUGAUCAAAUUAGGUUAGUAAUUGAAUAUUUUUUUUAUAUGACUUAUUAUAUAAUUUUGUUAAUGAGUAAAUGGGUGUUUAAUUAUAUUUUUUAUUUAUAUUUUUAUUUUGUACUCCAGUUGGAUGGCAAGUCUGAAAUCUUUUCUUUGAGUAAGUGGCUAGUAUUGGUGGUUGCCUUUCAUUCACGAAAAGUGAAGUGAUGGGAGCAUCUACUUAAUUUUUUUUUGCCCUUUUCCAUCGGUUUACUUUACCUCUUCUCUUUGU